AUCGUUUUGGACACAGUAGAAUUCAGUUCAAAUUUGUAAAUUUUGCAUUUCUUAAACUUAGACUCAAUAAUGUUGCCGAAUCAAUGCAGCAAGGUGUUUGCCAGAUCCUUUUCUGGAACACCAGUACUAUUUGCUAAAUAUUCAAGAGAAUCCCGCUUCAUGAGCAAAAUCAUGUCGAGAAAUACCAUCAAAAAGCAUUAUAAAGUUGUGAAUGUUGCAACACCUACUCUAUUUCCUGAAAAAAAUGCUAAAGUUAUAAAUAAAAGGCGUGUAGCUGUAUUAAACAAACUAUUCAUGAAGAAUAUUACAGAUAUAUUGUCAACUGGAAAUAUUGACCCUUUGCUAAUGGAUUUGGGUUUAGAAAUUUCUAAGGUUGCUAUCACGCCUGAUUUUCUACACCUUAAUGUUUUUUGGUAUACUCAAAUCUGGAAUAAUGAGGAGAAUAUUGAACAUCGUUUGCUUACAGCAGCACCAAAAAUUCACCAUGAGCUUUCACAACUUAAAUUAAUGGGAUUCAUUCCGAAAAUUUGUUUUAUUAAAGAUCGAAAGAGAAAUCAAAUAGAGGAACUUGAACAUUUGUUUCAAACUUUAAGUUUAUCAAAAAGAGAAGGAACAGAUGAAACUGAUGAGGAUGAUGUUAUUUCUGAUGAACCACAAUAUACUAAUCUCCCAUCUAUGACAUCAAAUAUUUAUGGUUUAGAUCAUGAAAUGAUCAUGAAAAAGGUUGUAGUUAAUAUAGGUAAGCGGAUUAACAAGUUGAAAACAGAUGACAAACAAGAUCAAUUUAGCCCUGACAAUCGUGAUGCAGAGGAAAAUAAAAUAUGAUGUAAUUUUCUGAUAAAAAAAUAUGUUGUUCAACUGACUUAAAAUUCAAAAUUAUGUUACAUUUGAUUUAUCAGUUUAUUUAUUUUGUUUUAUCACCAUGAGUUGUUAAUAAUUAGUUAAGAAAUCUUAGAUGAUCUAGUCUUGUUAUAAAAAUUAUUUUUUAUAAGUAUUUAGUUUUUAUGUUUUAAUGGAUGUUUUGUUACUGUUUAAAAACUCGUUUGUUACUAAUUUAUGUUUUUUAAUUUUCACUACUACCGUUUAGAUUUAAAAAAAAUUAAAUGAGCUACAACUCUUGAGGAACCUUAUCUGUGAUGUUCUGUGUAAUUUAUAUGACUGAUAUUCAUAAGAAAACGUAUUUUAAUGAUAUUGUAGUAAUUAAAUAGUCUAUUCAGACAAUUUGUAGAAAUUUACUUACUUUUAAAAUAGAUGUUCUAAUUCUAAAAGUUUGUUAAAAGUCUUAAUUUACUCUUGUUGAAUGUAAAUUAAUAUACCUGAUAUAUGAUGAAUGCCAAUAGAAGUGAGUAGCUAGAACAUUGUUAGUAUUACAUCUCAGUCUAUAUGAUAUACUUCACUAAAAAAACAGAAUAAAUAGAUUUUUAGUUUAAAUAAACAAAUACAAAUCAGACUCUAAAUGUGUAUAAUUUGUUGUUUAAAAUUAUAUUAUCUACUACUUUAAAAAGAUUAAAAUACAGUUUUACAAAUCUAA